GGUACCCUUCUUUAGAAUAAAAAUACCAGUUUAAAAACAUGGCAUCUUCUCGAGGACAAUUUCUGGGAACUAUAUACAAAAGAACACAAGGACUAAUAAGAUCUGGUGCUUUGAGGAGAGAAAAGAUUCCUAUUUGGUAUAAUGUUUAUGAAGCUUUUCCACCAUUAGAUACAUUUGAUGCUGAGAGGAAAGAGCCAGACAUCUCUAGCAAAAUUAGAAGAAUCAAUUACCCUGAGGACUUAAUUAGAAUAAAAUUUUAUGAUGAAUAUAGCACCCCAGAGGUUGUGAAUUUAGACAGCAAUGUUGACACUCUUAGUCAGAAGUUUGCAAAGUGUUACCUUGCCAAAAAGAGCUCAAUGUUGAAACAGUCAUUAGAGGAAUUAUCAGAAUCCAGUCCAAAAGAGGACAGAGUAGACAAUCCGGUGAAGGAUAGACUAGAACCUCCACUGGAGGAUAGAAAAGUGAGUCAACCCAUGGAGUCAGAUGUUAGCUUUGAGGAAAUCCUAAGAGUCUUUGCCCAUGAUCACAAUCUCAAAAUGAAAGAGGAAGAUCUUCGACGACAAAGAAAGUUGAAACAAAGAGAAAGCAUUCAAAUGAGGGAGCUUAAAAGACCAAAGAAACCAUAUCGUUCCGAGGCCAUUGUAGGGACUUGGGACCAAGUAGAAAAGUUAUGAUGGAAGGCUUAUGCAUUAAAAACAUAUCCUUAUAAA